AUGGGGAGCGGGGCCAGUGCUGAGGACAGAGAGCUGGCCAAGCGGUCCAAGGAGCUGGAAAGGAAGCUGCAGGAGGACGCAGACAAGGAGGCCAAGACCGUCAAGCUGCUGCUGCUGGGGGCCGGGGAGUCGGGAAAGAGCACCAUCGUCAAGCAGAUGAAGAUCAUUCACCAGGACGGCUACUCGCCGGAGGAAUGCCUGGAGUACAAGUCCGUCAUCUACGGCAACGUGCUGCAGUCCAUCCUGGCCAUCGUCCGCGCCAUGUCCACCCUGGGCAUCGACUAUGCCCAACCGAGCUGCGCGGACGACGGGCGGCAGCUCAACAACCUGGCGGACUCCCUGGAGGAGGGCACCAUGCCCCCCGAGCUGGUGGAGGUGAUCACGAGGCUGUGGCAGGACGGCGGGGUGCAGGCCUGCUUCGACAGAGCGGCGGAGUACCAGCUCAACGACUCGGCGGCCUACUACCUGAACCAAUUAGACCGGAUCACGGCCACUAACUACCUCCCCAAUGAGCAAGAUGUGCUACGGUCCAGAGUCAAAACCACAGGCAUCAUUGAGACCAAGUUUUCCGUCAAAGACCUGAACUUCAGGAUGUUUGACGUGGGAGGGCAGAGGUCAGAGAGGAAGAAGUGGAUCCACUGCUUCGAGGGGGUCACGUGCAUCAUCUUCUGUGCGGCCCUCAGCGCCUACGACCUGGUGCUGGUGGAGGAUGACGAAGUGAAUCGCAUGCAUGAGUCCUUGCACCUGUUCAACAGCAUCUGCAACCACAAGUUCUUCGCGGCCACGUCCAUUGUCCUCUUUCUCAACAAGAAGGACCUCUUUGAGGAAAAAAUCAAGAAGGUGCAUCUCAGCAUUUGCUUCCCCGAGUAUGCUGGAAACAACUCUUAUGAGGAUGCAGGGAAUUAUAUCAAGAGCCAGUUCCUUGACCUCAACAUGCGAAAAGAUGUCAAAGAAAUCUACAGUCACAUGACCUGCGCUACGGACACGCAAAACGUCAAAUUUGUAUUUGACGCAGUUACAGAUAUUAUCAUCAAAGAAAACCUCAAGGACUGCGGGCUCUUCUAA